GUAGACGUCCCACUCUUCGAAAAGUCACUGCAUAAAAACAAGACGCAAGAGUCGAUAAAGAGACGAAUUGGACGUUUCCAUAUUGGAGAGUUCUACAUCUCUUGAGUUUACAGUGAAUAAUCCUCUGCUGUCAUAAGUGUGUUCACUGGACAAGACAAGAAUCCAAGAUGGCCAAAGAGAAUGAAGAUGUGGUUGCCACAGACUACUGUAAAAAUUGCAAGCGAGACAUUCCUUCGGUGAAUUACAUCAUCCACCAAACGCAUUGUUCACGCAACAUAGUGCUAUGCAACCAGUGCAAGGAGCCGGUACCCCGCUCAGAAAUGGAGGAACACAAUGACGAGUAUCACGCUAAGGUGACUUGUAAAUGUGGAGAGGCAGUGGAGAAGUGUAAACAAGAAGAACACGAUGCCGAACAUUGUCCCCAACGCCAAGUUCAGUGCGAAUACUGUGAAAUGGAUAUGGAUCACAAAAGCUUGACUGAGCACAAAGACUUUUGCGGCAGUCGCACAGACCCCUGCCCCCUAUGCAGUCGCUACAUCUUCUUCCGAGACAAGGCCAGGCACGAAGAGAGCGUCUGCCAGUACCCGGAGGUCAAACCGGCGAAGCCAAACCCGGUGAAGACCUCGUUGUUGUCCUCCCUGUCUACAAACCCGCGGCAGACGAACCCGUUCGGGAUCAGGUCGCUUGACUCGACAGAGGCUCUCCACCAGCAGCAAGAGCUGUUUGACCAGUUUCCUGGAGCAAGGAACAGGGGCCCCCUUGCGGCAGGAAGGGGCGGGAAUGCCAGGGAUAUGAGGAGGGCAUUCUCAGAGGAAACUGACGGCGACAGGAAGCAUCGGAAAAACCAUGACCGCGUCCAGAACAUGAUGGCAAAAAACAGGGCGAGAAGCAUAGAGAAAAACGAAGAGAGAGCUCUGCUUCAAUCGAUGGUUAACCAGGAGGACUCCGAUGAGAGCCUAGCCAACCAUCUAGCCCAAGAUUUAUACUAUGAUGCCACCCCCUUCCCAACGGACCACCAAUUCCAGAGUGCCGGCCUGGAUUUCUCGGACAAUGUCGGCAUCCAUGGAAUCAUGAAAGAUGGCUACGGCAUUCCGGCCAUUAACACCUUCAGAGAUCAAUUUUCAGAUCUAACUCUACCUUGUGAAUUCUGUAUGCAACAAAUACCAGUUGAGAGUCUCAUAGAACACCAGACUGGUUGCCGGCCGGACAUUUCUUGCCAUCCGAUACCAGACUCGUCUCUGGCCAAUAACAGUCGUCAGAGGAGUCAUCACCAGAGUCAUCCGCCUCAGCCGCCCUCUGACACCUUAAAUAACCUGGGAUAUGGGUCUUUGCCUUCAGGGUACUCAAGUAGUUCCUUCGGCCAGCAAGACAACUCCCAAGGUUACAUGGAUGACAAUCUUACCAUGUUACCAUGUGAGUUCUGUGAUGUACUAUUACCAGCUGACGCCAUUCCCAUGCAUCAGGUCAACUGUGUUGAAAAUCGCACUGAGACUCCUUUACCUGCGACCUUUGACACAGCCCCAGGGGCGUACCCCACCCAGAGGGGUGGAGCAGUAGAGAGUCUGAUUCGUCCAAAUCCACAGAGAGGACAACGACCUCAAGACUUUGCUGCUCUCAACAUACCCAAGAAAUAUCCAGAGCAACAUCCAGUAAUUGACCCCAGCGUAGAUGACGACGAUGAUGAAGAUGAUGAUGUUGACGUCAUCCCAGUCAAGAUGGAUAAAUCCAGCUCCCUAUCCCAUUCCCAAUACCCUCGUAAGGCGCACCACAUGGCCCCUACCUUCCAGCAGCAGAGAACACACCCGCUCGGCCAGUCACCAGCAGAUAAAUACGUCCAUAGGGGCAAUAGAGGGGGCAAUAGAGGGGGCCAUGGCAGACCCUCUGCAUUAGUCACUGGUCAUUCUAUUGAGGGAGCUGUUCCCAAACCAAAGACAAAUAAUACUGCUGGUCAGUCGAGGCACUUUGAACAGCGCCCUCAGAGUAAGAGCAGUACCAAGGUACAGGAGACCCUGAAGUCGCUGUGCGACACCCCGGUCUUACUUGACGGAGAAGAGGAGCUCAAUAACGUGGUCGGUGGCCGGCUGAAUUCAAGACUUGGAGGAGGUGAGCAGGACUCAUACCCGCCGGGACACAACCGUACUAAAUCGUCUAAAGCCAAUCUGUCAUCAUUCGGCCCAUCAGGUGUAGAGACCGAUAAUCAAACUGCUGCCCCUUUCCAAACUCGUUCUUCUCUGGCUUACAACAAUCUUCCUCCACAACCCCUCGCAGGGGCAAGACAGAAGAUGUCGUCAAGAAAACCGAACAACAGCAGAAGCAGCGGUCAUGGAGAUGGUUACGAUCCAAGCUUUGCUAGAGGGGAGAGCCAGACCAAGGGCAGGGAGAGGUUUGGUCACAGUGGUAACUCUAGAAGGGCAAAACAGCCAUUGGCUUCAACAACGGUGGCCUUUGACCCAAAUGGCCUUAACCAAUCAACAGCGCUACAAGUAAAAGGGGAGUCACCCAUUCCACGAACGUCCAAUCAGAAAUCAUCUCAAAAGAGGAGACCAGCCGCACCGAGGCAGAAUACGAGACAUCGCGAUGACGCAAUGCCGUAAAGGUCACUGUACAGUCAGCGCACUUCAACACUGGACCAAAGUAACAAGGAGCUUAAAAAGUAUGUUCAUAUCUUCUGUAAUUUAGUAGUCAACGCAUAAAGAGUCAACAAAGUUGUGUAAAAAUAUAAAAGGAAAAGUUUAAAGGAACCUUUAAGAAUUGGUAAGAAAAGAACUUGUAUAUGAUCACAGAU